AUGAGCUGUCAGCUUUUGAAGACCGGGCUGCAACUGAAGCAGCCACUCCUCGCAAAAAAAGAGGCGAAACCGACGCACAGAGACCCAAUCUUGGAUCGCAUCCCGAGAAACGUGCGCGAUGAGAACUGCGCCAGUUGGUCCGGCAAGGGGGCUUACAACCAGUUCCAAACGGCGGCGAUAGUCAACAGCUUGCCAGACGGCGGCCCUCGGUCCAUCGGCGCCUCGUCAGCCAAGUCCGUGCCAGAGUUCCUCAACUCCACUUCCGACAGCGUCGACGUCGACCGGUCCCACGACAAUCUCAGCGACUUGAACAGCAGCAGCGCCGAGUCGGCCCUGUUGCCCAGCUUCUCGUCACCCGCCGCCGACGACCCGACAGUGGACGAAUUGCGCGACUUGGGCAAUUCCGACAACACGUGUCAAGCGGGGAAUGGAGCCAAGCCGACACCAGUGAAGAAGUUGAAUGGGAUUGCAGGAAGUAAUGCCUUGUCGCGGUCGGACGAGGUGCUGGUGUGCCAGGCGGAUUGUCAGGGACGAUUUGGCGGCUAUGUGAACCAGCACGGGAUGAGGAAUGGCGGCGGUGGUGGUGGCGGAGGUGUUGGGUGCAAUGGCUCAGUCUUUGCGUUGGACGCUGACGCCCGUUGUUCGCCGCCGUCGUCGAAUGACUUGAACGAAACUGCGAGUUCUACUGCAACCUCCAAGUCGGGUUUGCGGGUCCGGAUCCCGCAGGCUGAUGCUUGCUUUGACAACCACUGCUGUCCGUCUGAUAAAUGCGCCAGAGCUUCGUCGAGGGCCAGUUGCGGGAGUUCGAGCACAGGCAGCAGCAUUGCCGGUGUUGCAGGAAGCAAUUGCUGCUCGCCACACAGCUUCUGUGGCUGGGGAACACCUUCUCCGCCUGAAAGGGCUGAAUCUGUUUUGCCGUGUGAAGAAGAGAACCUCCGUGGGGCACCGUGGUUUCAAGCUGGAAUCCCCAGAGAAAUCGCUUUGGAGGUGCUGAAUGAGGAGCCGGAAGGCGCGUUUCUAGUCCGUGAAAGCACAACCAAGAAAGGUUGCUUCGCUUUGUCACUCCGGGUUCCUAAGCACUUCCAGCCAAGUGGCAUUGCGCACUACCUGAUCAUGCGAACUCAACGCGGUUACAAAAUUAAGGGUUUCAUGAAGGAAUUCCCGUGCCUGACAUCCCUCAUCACACACCAUUCAGUCAUGCCCGAGUUGCUGCCUUGUCCACUCAGUCUCGCCAGAUAUAAUCCCAGCUUCACCAAGACGGAUUCGUCGAAAGACUUCGCCGAAAUCGACACCGACCCCGAUUACAACACUCUGUCAGACUUCAAGCGAAUCGCUCUCGAGGCGGACAAUUGA